CCACAUCGAUUUCAUUGUUCACAUUGUGCCAGAACCCCCAGGGCCCAGGGACACACCUCAACCUGAAACCUGCCAAGACUGACACUCAGACAAGAUCAGAGCAGCCCCAGCGCGGAACCAGGUGCUGCCUGGAGCAGGCACACCCAGUCGCUGCCGCGCGCCCUCCGAAACCCCAACUGCCCCGGGGCGCAUUCCUCCCGCUUCCUUUCGGACGGCUAGGCUUAAGCUGAAGGCAGGCGGAUACGAGUCUUUAGCGAAACAGCCCUGAAGCCCAACUGGAGUUUUAUUUCUAGAGCGAGAACGGGCUGGGGCAGGGGGUGGAGAGGAGCUCGCCGAGCCGGAGCGCGUCACCGUCUCCCGGAGAGACGCCGCGCCGCGCGAUUUGCAGAGGCGCUCGCUCUCCCGCAGCCGGAGGGCGCAGCGGAGACACGAAAGUGGCGCGGGCGGCCCGGAGCGCGCGAUCGCGGGCGGGAGGCAGGCGGGGAGGGGCGCCCACCGCGCGCGGCAAGGUCCGGGGUCCCGGGACGCACGGCCCACGCGCUCCUCUCCCAGCGCCCGAGAGCACGUGCGCGGCCCGUGGGGCGUCCGGCCCGGCCGGCCCCGGGCGCGGGGCUCCCGCAAAGAUGACCCCUGGCUGGGUGCUGUUCUGCCUGCUCCCCGCGGUACGGGCCGCGGACGAGCGGAGCCCUGGGGCGGCCCUAGCGGGCCCCAAUGCUUCGCACUUCUUCUGGAACAACUACACCUUCUCAGACUGGCAGAACUUCGUGGGCCGAAGGCGCUAUGGGGCCGAGUCCCAGAACCCCACGGUGAAAGCCCUGCUUAUCGUGGCUUACUCUUUCAUCAUCAUCUUCUCGCUCUUUGGCAACGUUCUGGUCUGUCAUGUCAUCUUCAAAAACCAGCGGAUGCACUCGGCCACCAGCCUCUUCAUCGUCAACUUGGCCGUCGCCGACAUCAUGAUCACGCUCCUCAACACCCCCUUCACUUUGGUCCGCUUUGUGAACAGCACGUGGGUAUUCGGGAAAGGCAUGUGCCACGUCAGCCGCUUCGCACAGUACUGCUCCCUGCACGUCUCUGCCCUUACGCUGACGGCCAUCGCCGUGGACCGCCACCAGGUCAUCAUGCAUCCUUUAAAACCCCGGAUCUCAAUCACAAAAGGUGUCAUCUACAUUGCAGUCAUCUGGACCAUGGCAACGUUCUUUUCCCUCCCACACGCUAUCUGCCAGAAAUUAUUUACCUUCAAGUACAGUGAGGACAUUGUCCGCUCCCUGUGCCUGCCAGACUUCCCUGAGCCAGCCGACCUCUUCUGGAAGUACCUGGACUUGGCCACUUUCAUCCUGCUUUACAUUCUGCCCCUCCUCAUCAUCUCCGUGGCCUAUGCCCGUGUGGCCAAGAAGCUGUGGCUGUGCAACACCAUCGGUGACGUGACCACGAAGCAGUACCUGGCCCUGCGGCGCAAGAAGAAGAAGACCAUCAAGAUGCUGAUGCUGGUGGUGGUUCUCUUUGCCCUCUGCUGGUUCCCCCUCAACUGCUACGUUCUCCUGCUGUCCAGCAAGGUCAUUCGCACCAACAACGCCCUCUACUUUGCCUUCCACUGGUUCGCCAUGAGCAGUACCUGCUACAAUCCCUUCAUCUACUGCUGGCUCAAUGAGAACUUCAGGGUCGAGCUGAAGGCGCUGCUGCGCAUGUGCCAGAGGUCACCCAAGCCUCAGGAGGGGCAGCCACCCUCCCCUGUGCCCUCCCUCAGGGUGGCCUGGGCAGAGAAGAGCAGCAGCCGCAGGGCUCUUCCAGCCAACAGCCUCCUGCCGUCCUCCCAGGUGCAGUCUGGGAGGACAGACCUGGCGUCCGUGGAACCCAUUGUGACCAUGACUUAGAGGAGGAGGCAGGGAAGGGGUGGGAGUGAGGGGCUCUGUCUGCCGAGGAUUAUGGCAGAGCGCCUGAGAACAGAGCCUGGAAAAGAGUCUGUCCUCACACAUGAUGAACUUCACAUGCCAGAAACAAGUUCCUGCAGAAGCCCGAGGGCACUUGAGUUCCCACACAACUCUGUCCAGCCUCUUGGCUCCAUUAGAGAAAGCAAAAAGGCAACUUCCAGCUCAACACGUAUUGGUGAAUUUCUGUCUGAGACAUGCUGGUUCCACGAGCCAGAGGACCUGGGACAGCUUCUGCUCACAUGGGGGUUGAGUUAGGCAACUGCUCCCAACAGUAAGGUAGCCUCUUUACAACACUCCCCACCACUGAUCACUUGUGAUGGACCCUGGAGUCAGACUUGGGGUGUGCACAACCCAGGGGCACAGCACUGCUUGAGACAGGACCGUUGGCCAAUGAGAGGUUCGCCAGCCAGAGCUGGUGUGGAGCUUUGAAUGCCUUGCUUUCUGAAGUCGCUGGAGCAAGAUGAAUCCCAGUUCUACGGAGGCCCAAAACAUGACAAGAAAGGGCUGACUGGGUUCUUUACUUUAGUAAACAGGAAUUACCAAGUUUCCUUAAAACAAAGAAAAACUCUCAUUGAAAGUUUGAAACAUUCAGAAAAGCACAAAGAGGAAAAUAAAAACUACCCCCUUCUCCCACUAACUUGUGAUAAUUUCUGUCAAAAUGCUAUGGAUUUCUUGGCAACUUUUUUCUGUAUGUGUGUGUCAGUGAUUUUCGUUUCAUGUUGAAUUACAGUUUUCCAUUUAGAAAUAAGAAAUACAAGCAUAACCGAGAACUCCUGAACCCCUCUCCCAGGAGUAAUAUCUACUGGAAGAGUGAGAUGAGAUGGGAGAAGAGCCCAAGGAGAAAACUGUCCCAGAGCAGACAGACUGCCUUCAUUCUGCAACCAGUGGUGGGAAGGGCCUGGUUAAAGGACCUCUCUUGGGAUGGUGGCCAUUGUGAUAAACCAGAUACAAAAGAUCCAACCAGAAAAAAAAGAUACAUCCAAGAGAUACAACUCCUCCUCUCCUGCAAUCUCACAGAACAAGAUGCGAUGAAGUACCUCUCUGCUUUUGCAGGAGAUGAGAGAGCAGGCUUUCCAACAUGCUCCCAAGCUGUCUAGACAGGCUGUUUCUCCUCUGUGUUGUCUGAAUAGUAAGGCUUUUUCGCACCAAUUUCCACAAAACAGCUUACAUUCAACCUUACUCUGGUGGCUCACAUGUUACUUAUCAAAACCUAUGGCAUCAUGAUGGUCCUUAAUAACUCAGCUUGCCAGAGAAACCUCAUUCCAGAGACGAUGAGUGUUUUCAUCAUCUUCGGUCUGGUCCUGAGUGAGUCACAGUGUCACCCAGGAGAGAGAUGCCCUAGGCAGAGGAGAGCUUCAUUCACCACCCUUAAGCAAGUGCUGCUCUCAUGCUGGUUUGAGGUUUCUUUCUAGCAACCAGAGAGAUUCUGAAAACACAAUAGCCGUUGGCUGAGUGGAAAACUGAGGCUCAGGGAGAAGGGGUUUGUCUGAGGUUCACUUAGAUCUCUUGGCUGUUAACUGGACUUUGUCAUAUCAUCUGCUUCCCUAAAACGAAUCCUGGGGGUUCAUUAUUACUAUUCUGUUUUGGGGAUGUUUGAAAAUUUCAAGCUGUAAAGUUUAAAAAAUCAUCUUCUGAACAGUGGGUAAAAAAGUGACUUUCAUGGGACGUGCAUGCUACAUUGCUUCAGUUGUGUCCGACCCAGGGAUCAAACCUGGGUCUCCUGCACUACAGAUAAGUUCUUUACCAUCUGAGCCACCAGGGAAGCCCAUAGGUUCCACCUUCAUGGGAGAGAGGGAGGCUUUUAGGCCCAUAGGGAUACCAGGCGGGUUUUUUCCAGCCCAAAAGGCUCCCAGGCCUGAGCCUAUUGUCUUUUAAUGCUGUAAUGAUAUCCUUUGAAUCAGAAAGAGAGCAAGUGGCAGAGCUAUGAAAAGUUUGUCCUGCUCUGAAAUCAGACGAAAAGUUUGCCUUCGCUUCCUCCUCUCUGAGGGCCUAUAGAAAUGCUGCCAAGUCACAGGGAAGGUCUUUCUCUGGUGGAAGUCCCGCCCCACUAAGGUCUGGGUCUGCUGUCAGCUCUCCGUCUCCCAUCUCCCUCCACUUCAUCGACCUUCCCUGUGUGUCUCAGAACAAAAAGUGCUUUGUGUUUAAGAAAGUGACAUGUGUCACCCUGGAACCUCUGCACUGUGCUGUCGUGAAGACUUGACUGUAACUUGUUCCAGUGUCAAUAAAAUACAUAGUGGCUGUGUG